AGUAGCUAAUUAUGGUUCAAAAUCCAAAGACUCUAAAAAUAGAGAAAAAGAAGCUGACAUUACCUCCGCUUCAAAAUGUAGCCCAAGCUCUCCAAAAAGGAUUGACUUCCUACUUUGAGUCAGUUGAAGUAGAAGUUGUGGAUUGUCCAGAUCUCACAUCUGCGCCUUACUGUCUGGCAGCCCCAGGCCUGUGCGGCAGUACUCGGGUGGUGGAGGUGGGGGGAGUGUCCCACUUUAUGCCCCUGUACCAGCCUGAUAAGAUCUACGACCUAAGAUACUUCCCAGACUUGUUGGGACUGCAGUCUGCUGCAUUCAUAGGGACAGGAGCCGGCCCUUUCACUCAGGGACACUGCUGCUGUGAGCUCUUGGCAAAUGCCUAUUUGUCUAAAAAAGAAGUCAAGAUCUUAAACCGGAUAGCUAAAGUAACAGAUGAGAAUGACAGAGGUUACAUUGUGGAACUUCUUCCUGCAAAUGAGACAAAGUUUGUCUUGAUGGCAAAUUUGUUUGUAUCUCAUGGAAAACCAGGAAAGGUUCUAAGAAUUCACUGCAAAAAGAGACUGAAAAAUUAUGAUUUUCCAGCUGCUGUAAGAAAGUGCUUGGCUCAAGAGUUUCAAAAUCAACACUUAGGACUUGGUGGAGUGUUCAUUGUGGAGGGCAGCAAAGUUAGACAACAUAUUCCUCCAAAAGAAUUUUCCAAAGUACCAAUCAAUACAUCAGAGCAAUUGAAUAACUGGCUGAAGUUUUUUGACAUGAAUCCACCACUGGUUUUUGUAGGAACUAUUCUCACUGACCAAAUGGACAUGGAUAUGAUUCUGCAACACUUCCACUCAUUCAGCCAGCAUGGAGAGGGAGGUCACUACCACUACGACACCACCCCAGCCACUGUGGAAUACACUGCAUACUUCAACUUGGCUGAGCUAGCUGUCCAUGUUGACAAGCCCCCACGAACCUCUAGUCUCUCAGUGGACAGUAUCACGCCUACUGGCACCAGCAGUCACUAGUCAUAGAAUAGCUUAGCAUAUCUGGACUUGUAAGAUUGUUGGAGAGAGGGAUGUAGGGUAUGAAAUCAAGUCCAUAGGUGCCACAAGGGGAUGGAAGGCUGGGAGUCAUAAUUUAGAUAGCUUGAUGGGGAAGCAAGUUUUUCUCCAGCAAAUGCACUUAAAUGUUUUGGCAAGUCAGCAUUGAAAUUUCAUCACUCUGUUAACGAAAAUAGUACAUUUCCGUCCAGCUGAACUACCUGAAAUUGUCAAUUUCUAAUCAAUCCAGCAAAACAUAUGAUUUUUCCUGUCAUAAACACUCUUUACCUAAACAAACUUUUUCCUUCCCAAACAAACAUUUUCCUUUCCCAAAUAAACAAAGUUUUUAUUCAGCUCAAGAGGAGAACUAAUCACAAUGCUGGUGACAGGGGGGCUGGGUCCAUUGCGCAGGGCCUGAGUAGACAGGCGGCCCGGAGGCUUCGACAAGCUGCCAAGGAUGUGAAGCAAGGGAUUGGGGAGGGGGGCUUGGGGGCCCGGCACUAUGGUUGCCCAGGGGCCCUGAGAAUCCUGUCACAUAAACCUAAUGUACUAAUGUAUGCAUUAUUUUAUUUAUUAAAAGAAUGUUUUUCAUUCAGCUGAUUUUAAAAUUACCAACCUAUGCCAUGAAAACUUUAAACAAAAUUACUAUAGAUCAUGGAAUCUAUAUAUUUAAACCCAUUCGGCCAU